AUGUUGCUCUCCAACUUGAUCCUGGUGCUCAGCAUCAUCUUCCUUCCAGCCUCCGGCUCUCUGUUCAAAGAAGGCUCAACAUGCAUUGUCACUCCCAUAAGCGCUAGCCCUCAAGCCCUCGUCCGCCGCAGCAUCGACACCGUCCCUUCCACCGGACGUGAUGUCGACCCAGACCAGUCCACCGGCCUCUGGGACGUCAUCGACCCCUACAAAAGCCCAGCCCCUGGUACCCCCGGCGCUCUGACUCACUUCCCGCACCCCGAGCCAGGCCGUGCCCACUUCCACGCCCGUCGAGGUCUCUCCCCUUUCGAACGCGAGGUCGAGCCGCUCACCACACGACAGACCCCUGCCCCCGUCGACGAUACCCCGCAGAUCCUCGAAGCCUUCAAGCAGUGCGGGCAGGAUGGCACGAUCAUCUUCCGUGAAGGGACGUACCACAUCCGGCAGGUGAUGGAUACGACGGACCUGCGUAACUGCAGUAUCGAGAUCCACGGCACGUGGGUGUGGAGCGCGGAUAACAUUCCGUACUGGCGGCAGCGAAGUUUCAGUGUGACCUAUGCGAACCGGCAGACGGCGUGGCGGUUGGGCGGACGAGAUGUGAGUCUGCGAGGGUUUGGUAAGGCGCUGUUUGAUGGGAACGGGCAGGUGUGGAUUGAUUUGGCGAGGGGCCAGGCGAAUAUGGACGGACGGCCGAUCUCGCUGACGAUUUGGAAGGGGACGAAUGUUCUGAUUGAUGGAAUUCGGUGGCAGAUGGCGCAGUUUUGGCAUACGUUUGUUGCACAUUCGCAGAAUGUGACUAUGACGAACCUGGAGAUGCACACGUAUUCGAAGAGCUCGCAGAGCUCGGUGAAUACGGACGGGACGAACACGUGGAACUCUAGGGAUAUUUACAUUGCGAACUGGACCGUCACAUCUGGUGAUGACUGUAUUGCUGUUAAGGGCAACAGCACUAACGUCCACGUCAGGAACGUCACUUGUUAUGAGUCAGGUGCCAUGGUCAUUGGCAGCAUUGGUUCCAACUCAUGGCAGCCAGACUAUGUCGAGAACGUCGUCUUCGAGGACAUCAAGCUCAACCACUCGAGCAAUGCGGCCUGGAUCAAGACUUACCCAGGCACGGGCUACGUCCGCAACGUGACCUUCCGCAACAUUGAGUUCAGCGAUGUCAAUCAGCCAAUCUAUGUAACCGCAUGCAUCUACUCUUAUCGCGGUUGCGAUAACUCCCGCAUCCCCAUUACGGACAUCCGCUGGGAGAAUAUCACAGGCACAAGCCGGUACAACGUGGCAGCGGCCAUGCGCUGCAGUUCGCAGGCGCCGUGUGACCGCUUCUCCUUCUCCAAUAUCAACAUCCGACCAAAGAAUGGAGAGACGGCCAAGGUGCUGUGUACGAACAUACGCAAUCAGGCUACUAUGGGCCUGACGUGUACUGGAUCGAUGCCCGAAUCGCAUCCUCAGCAGUUGAAUGGGAAUGUGUGA